AUGCUCGCCGCAACCGAUGUCCCAUUUGACGCGUCCCAGAUGCGAAAAAAAAAUUACCAGGAUGCCCUCUCAAAGUUCGAAUCUGAUGACAAAGAAGCACGGAAAAACUACAAUGAGGAGAAGGACGAAGGCUUCACUUCUGAUAAGUUUGAAACUUGGGUGACCCAGAAUAGGCCCUCGUGGGGUGUGUCAAAGAAAACCCUGCAGGGCAGAAGUGACGAAUUAACUCAGACUGCGAUGGCUGCCUUUGGAUUAGCUUACCAGGAAAAACUUGAAAAGGACAAGUCGGAUUUCAGUAAAGCAGCAUUCCAGGCAGGUCAUUAUCCCGAAUUCAUCUAGGAGAUAGGUG